UCUGAUUAUGCAGUUUAUUUUUUGUUUUUAUUUAAAUUUUUAAAAAUUCUUGAAUGUAAUCUUUAUUUUUUAUUUUUUUGUUGCACAAAGUAGCAUUUUGAGAACACUUCACAGCUCAUGUUUGAACAAAAUUAUUUGUACUGGAUUUCAAGUUGUGAUAAGUUAAAAAAAAUCAAGAUACAUGAACUAAUCUUAUUAUAGUAGUGGUGAUAUGCCUUAGGAAGACUUUGAACCCUGGUCAGACUUUGAAUAAAAAGUUAUUAGACUUUGAUCUACCCUGAACUGUUUAAGAAAGACUUUGUACCAUAUAAGAGUUAAUAAUAUAGCCUACACCUCUCUUUUUAAAUUUCUUGCAACUAAGAUGGUUUUUCAAAGACGCGUUUUUAGUUUCCUUGCGGGCAAAACUGCCCUGAUCACAGGAUCUACAAGUGGAAUAGGAGAGGGUGUAGCACGUAGCCUUGCUGCCAAAGGAGCAAACAUUAUUUUCAAUGGGUUUGGUGAUGAAGCUGAGAUCAACAAAUUGGUUUCCUCUGUGCAAAAGGAGUACAAAGUUGACACCACCUUCAUUGGAGGAGAUUUAUCCAAACAGGAGGAUGUAAAAGCUUUACACCAGCAAGCAAUCUCCAAAUUUCCUGGUGGAAUUGAUAUACUUGUCAAUAAUGCUGGUUUUCAGCACGUGUCUCCAAUUGAAAGCUUCCCCCUGGAUGUCUACAGCAAGAUGAUUGGGGUCAUGUUGAUAGCGCCAUUCCAUCUCACACAACUCUGUCUGGGCAACAUGAAACAAAAAGGCUGGGGCAGAAUUGUAAACAUUGCAUCAGCUCAUGGCCAUGUUGCCUCCCCUAACAAGACUGCUUAUGUUUCUAUUAAACAUGGAAUUAUUGGUCUCACUAAGGCAGUGGCAAUAGAAUCAGCAGGAAGUGGGGUCACCUGUACAGCUGUGUGCCCUGGCUAUGUGGAGACUCCAUUGUUCGUCAAGCAAGCUGAAGCAAUUGCUCAAAAGCAAGGAGUUUCAUAUGAGGAAGGAAAGAAACAUAUAUUACGUGUCCAUCCUUCUGGUACAGCAGUGCAAGUUGAUGAGAUUUCAGAUUGUGUGGCCUUUUUGUGCUCCCCUGCUGCCAACCAGAUGACCGGAACCUCCCUUAUAGUGGACGGAGGAUGGCUGGCCAAUUAACCUCCCACCUGUAAAUACCACAUAGACAGCCGCAGAUAUACAAGUGGUGACUUAGCUGAGUGUCCAUGGCUUUAAUGUAAUGAGAAACAGUAAUAAUAGUUAAGUGUUGAUCAGCUUGUAAUUAUCCCAGAUGUUAGACCACCAACAUAAACAAAGUCUGUCUCAUUCUCAAAAAAGGCAAUUCUAUAUCAUGUCAUAUAAUUUAAUUACUUAUAUCCAUUGCCUAUGAAAAUCCAGAUUAUUACAACCAGUUGUGUUGAUUUACUGACCAUAUUUUUUAAAAAAAAAACUAAUAAUGACACAUAGCUGAUCAGCUACAUGUAGUUUAUGACCCCUAGUUAGAAGGGGACCAAGAUUAGCAAUACUGCCUAGCAUUCCCAUAACAUUAGGCUUCCAGCUCUAGCAGAGCCUGCUGCUGUUGUGAUGGUGGUUUUUUUUGUGAAUAGAACUUGUUGACUGGCUUUUAAUUUUUUUAAACUGUCAUUUUUGCAUAUAUUUUUAUUCACUUUUGUUAUGGAACAAAUAUUUAAAACCUGACUCAAUGUUGAUCCAAUUGUUAAUUUUGAACAAGUUAAAUUUUUAAGGUUAAUUCAUUAUACAAAACUUUUGUUUUUUAAAUUUUUGUUUUUAUGUCCUUCAGUGAAGCAAUAUUUUGAACAACUUAAUGAUAUUUGUUAUUGUUUGCAUGAAAAAGUGUUCUGUUUACUAACACUGGAUAAUGAUAUCGCAUUGUUUACCUGAACAAAUUAAAAACCUGAAUUGUAAUACCAUCUUGUACAUGAAACAAUUAUCUUCUUAUAAAAAAUUUGUUAACAAUGUUGUGAAUCAAAACUUGCUAGACCAUUCUAGACAGUUGCAAAUUUUACUCAUAUUUAUAAACUGUAAUUUGCUUGUACUAAUUCAGUUUUUAUUAUACUUUUGUUUUAUGUUGGUGCCAUCAAGUAAUCCUUAUAUAAUCUUGUUUUAUGACAUACAGACUAGUUUAUAAAUGUAUACAAACGUUAUUUUAUUUUUGUGACACAGGUGUCUUAAAGUCUUCUUAAGCUUGAAAUUUCUUUGUUUCCUUUAUUUCUAACUUUACUUUGACAAUUAAUUACAUAUAUAUUCCCGGUUUGAUGAGUUUUAGUUUUACAAUGUUUUAUUGAAUUCUUUUGUGUUAUUGGAUGCUCAAAAUAUAAAUAAAAUAUAGUAAUGCCUUGUU